CUGCAUUUGAAAAGGGGCGGCCAAAGAUGCAACUACCAGGCUUACCAUUCCAAGGAGUCUCGACAGAAUGAUGCGAAAAAGGAGAAAGGCCUCUGUUUUCUUGGCUCUAGUUGUUAUUUUCACGUGUUAUUUGUCGCAAACGAUAGACUGUUACAAGUUGAGGAAAACUGAGAGUAGAGAAGGACGGACCGACAAUAAAGCACCUACAACAACAGCCGUCCAGGAGGGGAGAAUAGUUUUCGGGAGAGUUUCUGAGAGAGGCUCUGGCUCUGAGCCUCAGAUCUUAAAUGGAACCCAAAAAUCCUCAGACGUUUCAUCAGAAGAUGAAACUGCUUAUCAAGCAGACUUCACAGGCUGGUAUAAAGGACAAAUGCAGGAUGCAAGCAGUGGAGGAGCUUCAUGGAGGCGCAUGUCUCCUUCCCUGCAGUGUGGUGGAGACCAGAUGAAGUUCAGAGUAGUGGGACCAGGUGCUUCACAGUUUGCAGUGGAACAAGGGCAUGCACCUCCACUGCCUCUGUCCCAGGUCCCUCCCUCCUGUGGCUACACCAUGCAGAGGAACCCCCUUUCACUUGUGAUGUCAGUCCCCUAUGAUGGCUGCAACAUGCUUCAGGAGGGUGGAAACCAUGUGCUUCCAAUGCGCUGGCAAGGAAUUCCUGUCUCACUCCUGUGUCCUGGAGCAGGUGCUGCACUUAACCAUCCUCCAUCAUACCCUCAGGUGCCUCUCUCACAACCUGCCAACAAGAAUCCCUAUGUCUCAGAUCCUCAAGUUCCCCAGUAUCCCUCCCAUCCACACUAUCCCCCUCAGUACCCAUCAGUGCCAGAACCUACGAAGGCCCCAACCACCAAGACUAAUGCAAAGAAACCUGGCAUGCCUCAAUUUCCAGUGUACCCACCUUACCUCCCCCAUUAUCCCAGCUUUCCUUAUCCUUUUCCAAUGACGACAGCCAAGCCAACUACCUCUGCCCCCACCACGACUGCAAAGCCAGCAACGCCAACUCAUCCUCCCAAGUUCCCUUACCCAUACUUCCCACCAUACUACCCUCCCUUUCCAUGGCCGUACCCUGGACCUAAACCAACAACUGCGGCACCAACCACAACUACCAAACAAACUACUACCCAGAUGACGACAACAAAACCAACAACUAAACCCCAGCCUCCCAGGUUUCCACCAUAUUUUCCAUACCCUCCCUAUUAUCCAUACCCUCCUUUCUUCCCCCCUCUUUACCCUCCCUAUCAGCCACAGCCAACUUUGAAGCCACAAACUACAGCAAAGCCAACGACUCCUCCUACCACAACUACGACGACUCCUACCACAACGACCACCACUAAGAAGACAGACCCUCCUCAGCCUCCACCGCAUUUUCAUCCACAUGUUCACUAUCCUCCAUAUCCAUUCAUGCCAUUUCCUCCUCCUUAUCCAAUGCCUUACCCCCGUCGUCCAGUGUAACAUGACUAAUAUGUUGUAAGUGUUCUAAUAAAUGGCUUAGAGUAUUC